AAGCUGCGCGGUGUCGGUGUUGAUACAGUAAAUUUAUGUUAAAAAUAUACCUUUGCACCAUUGGAACGACCGCAAAAACAAACGAGAAAAAGGUUUAGGUUAAGGCAUUGUAUUUUACUUCUUAUCCGGUGAUUUGCUAAAGCAUCACGCGUUCAACGGUGCAGAAAAUGCACGAGAGUACGAUUUACAUGAUUCUACCGGUGCUACUGUGUGGCCUGUCGGUGCCACUGUCCAUGUUCAUGUGGAUAGGCAACGUGGCGUACUCUAAAAUUGCUUCCGAUGGAGCAAGUAGUGUCAUUCCUCCGACACGCUGGUUGUUUUCCGUCCUCGUGCCCGUUCUGCUGAUGGUGUACGGAUUGAAGCGGAAGGGUGUUAAUAAGUCUGGCGCCGCCUUGGGCCUGCUAUGUGCCGUGAUUCUUUCGAUAGCAUCACACGCCUUCCUGGCUUGUCUGGCGGCGUUUUUCUUCAGCUCGAGUCGAGCUACCAAAUUUCGGGGCCACAUGAAGCGCAAAAUCGAGGAUGAUUUCAAGGAAGGAGGCCAACGGAACUGGGCGCAGGUAAUAUGUAAUGCGGGAAUGGCAACCCAGCUAGCGUUACUGUAUCUGCUGGACUGCGGAUACGGCGAGCGACCGAUCGAUUUUGUCAAUCUGUACCGAUCGAGUUGGCUCGGAGUGGCUAUUAUGGGCUCGUUCGCAUGUUCCAAUGGGGAUACAUGGGCGAGCGAGCUGGGAACAGUGGUUGGAAGUGGUGAUCCAUUUCUCAUCACCACCCGGAAGCGAGUCCCACGGGGCACGAAUGGGGCUAUUUCGUUCUUUGGGUUGUUGGCCAGCUUCUGCGGCGGUACGUUGAUCGGAUUGGUGUACUUCCUGACCGUGCGGUACACGGUCGAGACGAACAUCUACCAAAACAGCCCAAACCAGUGGCCGUUGAUUGUGUUUGGGGGAAUCGCCGGCUUGGUGGGUUCACUCGUGGACUCGCUAAUCGGUGCCACGCUGCAGUACUCUGGGCAGAACGAGCGAGGCGUGAUCGUGGAACAGCCGGGGAAAAAUGUGCGCCAUAUAAGUGGUGUGAGAAUUUUUGACAACCAUAGUGUGAAUCUGAUAUCGAGCAUUGUGACCGGAAUCGUGAUGCCGUCGAUUGCGAUGAAUCUUUGGCUCAUGUUUUAGACGCAACUGUAACUGCGGCGCUGGAAUCGUGGACCGCGUCUUCACGCGCGUGCCUCAGUUCUCCAUCCAAAAUUUGCAACAAAAAUGGGGCUUUACUUUUACUUUACCUAGUGACUUAUUUAGCAUUGGUGGUUAGUGAAUAAAUCAUACAAGUGAGAUUUA